AUAUCUCGUCGUUAGGUCGAUCCAAAGACACGCCGAGAAUAAGACCAGUCACGCGGCCUCAGAAACUUUUUGGACAAAAGCCGAAGUGUUCAGGAGAUAAGAGCAACCUCGAGGCACCUAGCAAGAGUCAUGGUAUCAGUAUUGUGACUUUCUGGUUAGAUAUCCGCACAUUCCCGUCAACCUUCGUCCUCAUGCUCCAGACCGCCUCCUAUCGGUCCGUCGCUCAACGUUCUUCGUGGAAAGGUCGUCGGAAGAGCCUUCGCCGGGAAAAAGUACAACUCUCGGAAUAUUUCAAUGUGUGGCAGUAUUUCACCAUCUGCAUUUGA